AAUACCUAUGGAACUGAUUAAGAAGGAAAAAAAUCGAGAAACAACCUUUAAGAAGAGAAAAGAUGGGUUGCUGAAAAAAUUUAAUGAGUUUUCCAUUCUUUGUGAUGUUGAAGCCGCUGCAAUUAUCUAUGCCCCUAAUUCUGCUGAACCUGAAACAUGGUCAUGGCCCCCAGAGGACCCAAGCAAAUUUCAUCACGUCAUUCAGAAAUAUCAGAACACAACUAGUGAUAGGCGUGCCAAGAUGUUUGGUGUGCAUGAGUAUUUUGAUGAUAGGAUCAAAAAAGUUGAAGGGGAGAUUUCCAAAUUGUACAAAAACAAGAUGAAGGUGAUGUACCCUGAAUGGGAUGCAUCUUUGAAUAAUUUGGGGGAAGAACAAUUGAGGAUUAUGAUUAACUUUUUGGAUGCUAAGCUUGAUGCAUGCAAUGCAAGGAUGAAUAUGCUAAAAGGAAAAGAAGUAGCAGAAUCAAUUCCUCCUUUUUUGGACCCAAAUCAGAAUAGCUACCUCAAUUAUCUCAUGAUGCAGAACAUGAAUCCAAUUGGUGAUAGCUACAAUACAUUUCAGAUUGGUGAGAGCUCUCAACCUGCUUCCAUGCUUCAAUUGAUGGGAAAUGAUGUUGUAACAGGUGAUGAUCCUAGAACUGGUGGUGUGCUGGAAGUGAAGGAGUAUGGAGAAGCUGAAGCAAACAAUCAAAUUCAAAACAUGAAUCCAGCAGGUUAUUAUGAUGGAAAUUAUAUUCAGGCAAUGCAGCAGCAACAUGCUCUUUCUUCUGAGAACCUGCACGAUCAAGGAGCUUACCAAACUCUGACAGAUUAUCCAUUGUAUGAUGAAUUCUACCAGCCUAAUGGAUUAUAUGACACUGACAUGCAGCUCCAAGCUCAAAUCUUCAACUAUAUGCAUGGAAGGAAGUAG